GAACGCAAGCGAGGGGCUUCCGGUUUCUAGUAACACUUCCGCUAUAUAAAGGCGCCGCCGAAACAAGGCUGUGAGGCGCAAUUUUUUCCUUUCUCUGAAUCGGUCGUGAAUCAGCGGCAUCCGCGGAGCAAUCAUGACGGUGGGAAAGAGCAGCAAGAUGCUGCAGCACAUUGACUUCAGGAUGCGCUGUAUCCUGCAGGAUGGUCGCAUUUUUAUAGGGACAUUUAAAGCCUUUGACAAACACAUGAACCUCAUUCUGUGUGACUGUGAUGAAUUCAGAAAGAUUAAGCCCAAGAACUCAAAACAGCCAGAGCGUGAAGAGAAGAGAGUGCUCGGACUUGUUUUAUUACGUGGUGAGAACUUGGUGUCCAUGACUGUAGAAGGCCCACCACCCAAAGAUACUGGAAUUGCCAGGGUACCAUUAGCAGGAGCUGCAGGUGGACCAGGAAUGGGCAGAGCUGCUGGAAGAGGUGUUCCUUCUGGUUCUCCCAUGCCACAGGCACCUGCUGGCUUAGCAGGUCCUGUACGUGGUGUUGGCGGGCCAUCCCAACAGGUUAUGACCCCUCAGAACCGUGGCAAUGUCUCUGCGGCUGCAGCAGCAGCUACAUCCAGCAUUGCUGGAGCCCCAACACAGUACUCAACAGGUGGCAGAGGUGGACCACUCCCACCUAUGGGUCGAGGUGCACCCCCUCCAGGAAUGAUGGGACCUCCACCUGGUAUGAGGCCACCUAUGGGACCUCCAAUGGGGAUGCCUCCUGGCAGAGGAGCACCCAUGGGAAUGCCACCUCCUGGCAUGAGACCACCUCCUCCUGGAAUGAGAGGUCCCCCACCACCAGGAAUGAGACCCUCAAGACCAUAAUUACCCUGACCCAACUUUUUUGACACUUCAUGACAUUGUUGCCUCCAUAACAGGAUUGUUGAAAGUUAAAUGUUAAUUUUUAUUUUCUUUGUAAAUGAUGCAGUUUUUAAUAAAGUAUUAAACGUA